AUGCAAGGAACAGUUGCCACAACUUCAAUAACACAAGGAACAGCUUCUACAACACCAAUAACACAAGGAACAGCUGCCACAACUCCAACCACACAAAAACCAGUUGCUACAACUCCAACAACACAAGAAGCAACUGCAACAUCUCCAACAACAGAAGGAACAGCAGCUACAACUCCAACAACACAAGGAACAGUUGCUACAAUUCCAACAACGCCAGGAACAACUGCAACAUCUCCAACAACACAAGGAACAGCAGCUACAGCUCCAACCACACAUGGAACAGCUGCUACAACACCAACAACACAAGGAACAGCUUUUACAAUUCCAACAACACAAGUAACAGCUGCUAGAACUCCAACAACACAAGGAACGGCUGCCACAACUACAACAACACAGGGAACAGCUGCUACAGCUCCAACAACACAAGAAACAGCUGCUACAACUCCAACAACACAAGAAACGGUUGCUACAACUUCAAGAACACCAAGAACAGCUUUUACAACUCCCACAACACAAGGAGCAGCUGCUACAACUCACACAACAAAGGGAACAGCUGCUACAACUCCAACAACGCAAGGAACAGAUGCUACGACUCCAACAAUCCAAGGAACAGCUUCUACCACUCCAACAACGCAAGGAACAGCUGCUGCAACUCCAACCAGACAAGGAACGGCUGCUACAACUCCAACAACACAAGGAACAGCUUUUACAAUUCCAACAACACAAGGAACAGCUGCUAGAACUCCAACAACACAAGGAACAGCUGCUACAACUCCAUCAACACAAACAACAGCUGCUACAAGUCGAACAACACAAGGAACAGCAGCUACAACUCCAACAAAACAAGGAACAGAUGCUAUGACUCCAACAACCCAAGGAACAGCUUCUACCACCCCAACAACGCAAGGAACAGCUGCUGCAACUCCAACCAGACAAGGAACGGCUGCUACAACUCCAACAACACAAGGAACAGCUUUUACAAUUCAAACAACACCAGAGACAGCAGCUAGAACUCCAACAAAACAAGGAACAGAUGCUAUGACUCCAACAACCCAAGGAACACUUUCUACCACUCCAACAACGCAAGGAACAGCUGCUACAGCUCCAACCACACAAGAAACAGUUGAUACAACUCCAACAACACAAGAAGCAUCUGCAACAUCUCCAACAACACAAGGAACAGUUGCUACAACUCCAACAACGCAAAGAACAACUGCAAUAUCUCCAACAACACAAGGAACAGCAGCUACAACUCCAACCACACAUGGAACGGCUACUACAACACCAACAACACAAGGAACAGCUUUUACAAUUCCAACAACACAAGUAACAGCUGCUAGAACUUCAACAACACAAGGAACAGCUGCUAAAACGCCAACAACACAGGGAACAGCUGCUACAACUGCAACAACAAAAGGAACAGCUGCUACAACUCCAACAACGCAAGGAACAACUGCAACAUUUCGAACAACACAAGGAACAGCAGCUAGAACUCAAACAACCCAUGGAGCAGCUGCUACAAGUCCAACAACACAAACAACAGCUGCUACAAGUCCAACAACACAAGAAACAGCUGCUACAACUCCAACGACACAAGGAACAGUUGCCACAACUUCAAUAACACAAGGAACAGCUUCUACAACUCCAACCACACAAAAACCAGUCGCUACAACUCCAACAACACAAGAAGCAAUUGCAACAUCUCCAACAACACAAGGAACAGUAGCUACAACUCCAACAACACAAGGAACAGUUGCUACAAAUCCAACGACGCCAGGAACAACUGCAACAUCUCCAACAACACAAGGAACAGCAGCUACAACUACAACCACACAUGGAACAGCUGCUACAACACCAACAACACAAGGAACAGCUUUUACAAUCCCAACAACACAAGUAACAGCUGCUAGAACUCCAACAACACAAGGAACAGCUGCCACAACGUCAACAACACAGGGAACAGCUGCUACAGCUCCAACAACACAAGCAACAGCUGCUACAAUUCCAACAACACAAGAAACAGUUGCUACAACUUCAAGAACACAAGGAACAGCUUUCACAACUCCCACAACACAAGGAGCAGCUGCUACAACUCCAACAACACACACAACAGCUGCUACAAGUCCAACAACACAAGAAACAGCUGCUACAACUCCAACAACAGAAGGAACAGUUGCCACAACGGUUAUAACACAAGGAACAGCUUCUACAACUCCAACAACACAAGGAACAGCUGCUACAACUCCAACCACACAUGAAACAGUUGCUACAACUCCAACAACACAAGAAGCGACUGCAACAUCUCGAACAACACAAGGAACAGUUGCCACAACGUUUAUAACACAAAGAACAGCUUCUACAACUCCAACAACACAAGGAACAGCAGCUACAACUCCAACCACAUAUGGAACAGCUGCUACAACUCACACAACAAAAGGAACAGCUGCUACAACUCCAACAACGCACGGAACAACUGCAACAUUUCGAACAACACAAGGAACAGCAGCUAGAAUUCCAACAACCCAAGGAGCAGCUGCUACAACUCCAACAAUACAAGGAACAGUUGCCACAACUUCAAUAACACAAGGAACAGCUUCUACAACACCAAUAACACAAGGAACAGCUGCUACAACUCCAACCACACAAAAACCAGUUGCUACAACUCCAACAACACAAGAAGCAACUGCAACAUCUCCAACAACAGAAGGAACAGCAGCUACAACUCCAACAACACAAGGAACAGUUGCUACAAUUCCAACAACGCCAGGAACAACUGCAACAUCUCCAACAACACAAGGAACAGCAGCUACAACACCAACUACACAAGGAACAGCUUUUACAAUUCCAACAACACAAGUAACAGCUGCUAGAACUCCAACAACACAAGGAACGGCUGCCACAACUACAACAACACAGGGAACAGCUGCUACAGCUCCAACAACACAAGAAACAGCUGCUACAACUCCAACAACACAAGAAACGGUUGCUACAACUUCAAGAACACCAAGAACAGCUUUUACAACUCCCACAACACAAGGAGCAGCUGCUACAACUCACACAACAAAGGGAACAGCUGCUACAACUCCAACAACGCAAGGAACAACUGCAACAUUUCGAACAACACAAGGAACAGCAGCUAAAACUCCAACAACCCAAAGAGCAGCUGCUACAACUCCAACAACACAAACAACAGCUGCCACCAGUCCAACAACACAAGAAACAGCUGCUACAACUCCAACAACACAAGGAACAGUUGCCACAACUUCAAUAACACAAGGAACAGCUUCUACAACUCCAACCACACAAAAACCAGUUACUACAACUCCAACAACACAAGAAGCAACUGCAACAUCUCCAACAACACAAGGAACAGCAGCUACAACUCCAACAACACAAGGAACAGUUGCUACAAAUCCAACAACGCCAGGAACAACUGCAACAUCUCCAAGAACACAAGGAACAGCAGCUACAACUCCAACUACACAUGGAACAGCUGCUACAACACCAACAACACAAGGAACGGCUUUUACAAUUCCAACAGCACAAGUAACAGCUGCUGGAAAUCCAACAACACAACGAACAGUUGCUACAACUCCAACAACGCAAGGUACAGCUGCUACAACUGUAACAACACAAGCAACAGCUGUUACAACUCCAACAACACAAGGAACAGUUGCUACAACUUCAAGAACACAAGGAACAGCUUUUACAACUCCCACAACACAAGGAGAAGCUGCUACAUCUCCAACAACACAAACAACAGCUGCUACAAGUCCAACAACACAAGAAACAGCUACACAAGGGACAGUUGCCACGACUUCAAUAACACAAGGAACAGCUUCUGCAACUCCAACAACGCAAGGAACAGCUGCUACAACUCCAACCACACAAGAAACAGUUGCUACAACUCCAACAACAGAAGAAGCAACUGCAACAUCACCAACAACACAAGGAACAGCAGCUACAACUCCAACAACACAAGCAUCAGUUGCUACAACUCCAACAACGCCAGGAACAACUGCAACAUCUUCAAUAACACAUGGAACAGCAACUACAACACCAACCACGCAUGUAACAGCUGUUACAACUCCAACAACACAAGCAACAGCUUUUACAAUUCCAACAACACAAGUAACAGCUGCUAGAACUCCAAUAACACAAGGAACAGCUGCUACAACUCCAAGAACACAGGAAACAGCUGCUACAACUCCAACAACACAAGGAACAGCUGCUACAACUCCAACAACACAGGGAACAGCUGCUACAAUUCCAACAACAAAAGGAACAGCUGCUACAACUCCAACAACGCAAGGAGCAAGUGCUACAACUCCAACAACACAAACAACAGCUGCUACAAGUCCAACAACACAAGAAACAGCUGCUACAACUCCAACAACACAAGGAACAGUUGCCACAACUUCAAUAACACAAGGAACAGCUUCUGCAACUCCAACCACACAAGAAACAGUUGCUACAACUCCAAGAACACAAGAAGCAACUGCAACAUCUCCAACAACACAAGGAACAGCAGCUACAACUCCAACAACACAAGGGACAGUUGCUACAACUCCAACAACGCAAGGAACAGUUGUUGCAACUUCACCAACAGAAGGAAGAGCUUCUACAAAUCCGACAACGCAAGGAACAGCUGCUACAACUCCAACAACCCAAGAAACAACUGCAGCAUCUCCAACAACACAAGGAACAGCAGCUACAACUCCAAUCACACAAGGAACAGCUUUUACAAUUCCAAAAACACAAGGAACAGCUGCUGCGACUCCAACGACACAAGAAACAACUGCAACAUCUCCAACAACUCAAGGAACAGCAGCUACAACUCCAACAACACGAGGAACAGAUGCUGCAACUUCAACAACACAAGGAACAGCUUUUACAAUUCCAACAACACAAGGAACAGCUGCUACAACUCCAACCACACAAGAAACAACUGCAACAUCUCCAAGAACACAAGGAAGAACAGCUACAACUUCAACAACACAAGGAAGAGAUGCUACAACUCCAACAACACAAGGAACAGAUUCUUCAACUCCAACAACACAAGGAACAGCUUCUACAACUCUAACAACGCAAGGAACAGCUGCUACAACUCCAACAACACAGGAAACAGCUGCUACAACUCCAACAACGCAAGGAACAGCUGCUGCAACUGUAAAAACACAAGCAACAGCUGCGACAAGUCCAACAACACAAGGAACAGCUGCUACAACUCCAAUAACACCAGAAACAACUGCAACAUCUCCAAUAACACAAGGAACAGCAGCUACAACUGCAAUAACACAAGGAACAGUUGGUACAAUUCCAACAACACAAGGAACGAAUUCCACUGCUCCAGCAACACAAGAAACAAAUGCUAUAACUCCAACAACAAAACGAUGGACAAUUCCAACCACAAGUGGAGGAACUGGUACAACCCCGACAAGACAAGGAGCAAAUGCAACAACUCCAAUAAGAGAAAGAAUAACUGGUACAACUUCGACAUCACAAGGAACAGUUAGUACAGCUCCAACAACACAAGGAACAAAUUCCACUAAUCCAGCAACACAAGGAACAAAUGCUAUAUCUCCAACAACAAAACGAGGGACAAUUGGAACCACAAACGGAACAACUGGUGCAACUCCAACAACACGAGGAGCAAAUGCAACAGCUCCAAUAACAGAAAGAAAAACUGGUGCAACUUCGACAUCACAAGGAACAGUUGGUACAGCUCCAACAACACAAGGAAGAAAUUCCACUACUCCGGCAACACAAGAAACAAAUGCUAUAACUCCAACAACAAAACGAUUGACAAUUCCAACCACAAUCGGAGGAACUGGUCCACCUCCAGCAACACAAGGGGCAAAUGCCACAACUCCAAUAACAGAAAGAAUAACUGGUACAACUUCGACAUCACAAGGAACAGUUAGUACAGAUUCAACAACACAAGGAACAAAUUCCACUACUCCAGCAACACAAGGAACAAAUGCUAUAUCUCCAACAACAAAACGAAGGACAAUUCCAACCACUAACGGAACAACUGGUGCAACUCCAACAACACGAGAAGCAAAUACAACAGCUCCAAUAACCAAAAGAAAAACUGGUACAACUUCGACAUCACAAGGCACAGUUGGUACAGCUCCAACAACACAAGGAAGAAAUUCCACUACUCCAGCAACACAAGGAACAAAUGCUAUAACUCCAACAACAAAACGAGGGACAGUUCCAACCACAAACGGAACAACUGGUGCUACUCCAACAACACGAGGAGCAAAUGCCACAACUCCAACAACAGAAAAAACAACUGGUACAAUUCUAACAGCUGUAACGACACUAGGAACGCCUGCUGGAACUCCUGCAAGGAAAACAACAUCUUCAGCAGCGCAAGGAAGAAAUUCCACUACUCCAGCAACACAAGGAACAAAUGCUAUAACUCCAACAACAAAACGAGGGACAGUUCCAACCACAAACGGAACAACUGGUGCUACUCCAACAACACGAGGAGCAAAUGCCACAACUCCAACAACAGAAAAAACAACUGGUACAAUUCUAACAGCUGUAACGACACUAGGAACGCCUGCUGGAACUCCUGCAAGGAAAACAACAUCUUCAGCAGCGCAAGGAAGAAAUUCCACUACUCCAGCAACACAAGGAACAAAUGCUAUAACUCCAACAACAAAACGAGGGACAGUUCCAACCACAAACGGAACAACUGGUGCUACUCCAACAACACGAGGAGCAAAUGCCACAACUCCAACAACAGAAAAAACAACUGGUACAAUUCUAACAGCUGUAACGACACUAGGAACGCCUGCUGGAACUCCUGCAAGGAAAACAACAUCUUCAGCAGCGCAAGGAAGAAAUUCCACUACUCCAGCAACACAAGGAACAAAUGCUAUAACUCCAACAACAAAACGAGGGACAGUUCCAACCACAAACGGAACAACUGGUGCUACUCCAACAACACGAGGAGCAAAUGCCACAACUCCAACAACAGAAAAAACAACUGGUACAAUUCUAACAGCUGUAACGACACUAGGAACGCCUGCUGGAACUCCUGCAAGGAAAACAACAUCUUCAGCAGCGCAAGGAAAUCUCACUACCGCGAUACCACAAGGAAAUUUCACAACUCCGACUGUAUACGUCGAAAAGACAACCUACUAUGCAUAUGAAAUAUCUAUGACACUAACGGAAAUUGAUACAAAUGCCAGAAAUGUAGGAGAAAAUCAAACUUUACAAAUAUUAUCUACGCUUAUUAACCAAUGUUCCGAUGAAUACACGGAGGAAGGAAAUAUUCACUAUUUUACUUUCGAAAGGUAUUUGAAGAAACAGAUUUGUCAUAUCCGUGCAUUUAAGAAAGAGAAAUGUGAAUUAACAUUAACAAGCCUAAGAUGUGGUAGCCUCAUUACCGAAUAUAAGUUACUGCUUGGAGUGCACGGUUUUGAUCCUAGUGGUAUCUCGAAAAAAAAAGCCGGUGAUGUAAUUAAGGAUGAAAUAAAAGAUGGUUCACUUGGUUCAUUUGCAGUAGAUACGAAUUCCUUUAAAUCGACACCAAAAGGAAAAACCACCGAACCAAAAGCGACCGAAGAACACCCACAAGCUAAUCUUAAUGUAUAUGUGAUUGUCACGAUGAAGUGUACGUGGUAUGAAUUUUGUAAAGUUGAGGAACAUUUCAGAGAAAAGAUCGCUGAAAGGUCGCAUGAUCUGAAAGGCGAACAAUUGAAAACUAUUGACAUAUUCAUUAUAAACGGCGAGAGGAAUUGUGGAAACCCAAAUAAAACCAGGGAGGUUAUUGGUGUUUGGUUUGUGGCGCUGGGAUCAGAUGCGGAUAAAGUAACCAUACAAAUUGGGAAUGAUUUGAAGGAAUUGCUCGAUUCGAGGCAGUUGAGGAAACUUGGAAAUCAAUUUGAAACCAAGGUAAUGUUGCGUUUUAUUCUCUUUGUAUGUUUUUUAGCGAAUACAUUUACAGGCAUACGAGACUGGAGGGAGCGAGGGAGGGAUUACCCUCCCAACAUUUUUAAAACCAAGGAAAUUCGGGGAAAAUUCAGGUUGUCUUAUCAAAAUGUUCCUUAAAUAUUGGCGGAAACUUAAAAGUUAAUCCCCCUGAUGCUCCCGGAAUUUUCUGGUGUAUGUCAUUGAGCGUUUACGCGUUAAGCUGGCUACAUUUGAAAUUUCUUUUUAACGAAACGGCAAUUAAUUAUGGCGCCAGCACUCAUUUUAAUACGCCAGAAUACAAAUCGUACACAGCAAAUCGUAGCGUGUAAACGUAGCUUUAGCGUUUCCAUCCGUAAGCUGCCACCCUCCUAAUGCUUUUUAGAGCGUAGUUUUGAAAUGAAAAAUGGGGGGGGGGGGGAUUUGUGGGCAGACAGUGUUGCCUAUCUUUCGCGCAUCUACUCGCAAAUUAUUAAGUGGCCUUCUCCCAAAUGAAGUCGUGGCGACGCCACUGUUAGGAAAUGUCUGUUAGUGAAUGCUUCAUCAUAUUCAAAACGCUCGCGCUCGGCCGUCUUAUUCGUUUUCUAAGGUUUAUUAAAUGUUUUUAUUUGAUAUCUAGAUAAUUAAUGUAGAAUUUGGUGGAAAAAAUGCGCCUCGGUCUUCGAGCACGUCAAAUAAUAACAAAAUAUGGCUUGCUGUUGGGAUCACCUUGGCAAUUCUUCUCGUGCUUCUUUUAAUCUUCUGGGUAAGUAGCAAAGUACUACUCUUAGAUUUUUAAGCAUUGUUUGUUAGUUGGGCUGUCGGCAUGAUACAAUAAAAACAAUUUAGCUAGGUUUUUGUAUUUCGACUUUAAUGUACCCCAAACUGUGUCGUGUCAACCAAGUAAUUGAUGCGUAUCUUCACAAGAAUAUAAAAUGCAAUUUUCUUAUUGCAUGUUAGCCUUUUUAUUUUUAAAUUAAACCGUAAUUUGUUUUUUCAUAGAAGUGCUAUACGCGAAGUAGGGCUAGGCAGGCGACAUGUGACGAGGAACAAGGACCUAACAACCUCGCCAUGGACAAAAUUGAUGGUUCCAAAUGGAAGCCUACGCUCCUUGUCAACGAAGGAUUCGAUUAUGAAGGAGGAAAUUAUACACCGGUAGGUGGGAUGAAGGACAUGUCAACCCCACAUAGUCUCGCUGAUAUCAAAAUUGCAAAGCAGUAAAAUAUCUAUGUCCAUUGGACUCUAAGUAUACAUCAUGUCAUAAAAUACGUCAAACAUCAAAAUCUCUUUGUAACAUCAAAUCUCUUUCAAAAUAGAAUUGGCUGUUGCCCUCAGCGUGUAGGAUUAAUGCAUUUACCUUCAUUCAAUAUGACCAUUAAUCCCUGUCAGGAAUAAUGUACUGUAUGAACAUGAAAAAUUAAACUACAUGCUUCUAUUAUAUAUAAUGGAACACAUUAAAAAUAAAGUUUUUUGUGGUGCAAAUUUUUCAAAUUUCCUAUUGAAUGGUAUUCUUUCUAAAGCUGGUAUUUAAUAAAACAAUUAAUUAGCUAUGUGAAGGUAAAUAGUGCAAAGGUUCCUUUAACUUCGUUCAGUGAAAGAUUUGAUCGUCUGUAAACGGACCAAAACGGAAGACGUUUCUCUUCGCACGGAGGUCAAAAGCGCAAGAAUAUUCGCAGCUGAACAGUCAAUUAACCAUUCCCCGAGUACCAGUAUGCUAAUGCGUUUUAACUUGACGAUGUUAUUUUGUUUCUUUUUGUGAUCAAAUGCAGUCAUCGCAAAGAGUAUCGACAUUUGAAGAUGCAGCAGAGCAAGAAAACCCUUUGAAGAAAGCGGAAAAUGAAUAUAUUUUUCUUGUUCUUAAGAAAGAAUGUAAGGAUAGCAAUAAGCAAGAGCCGAGUGAUCAGGGGGAGGAGGAAAAGAAGGCAUCACUUGGCAAAAGCGAGGAUACUGAUGAUCGAUGA